AUGAACGUGGCAGUGGAAGGCCUGAGCAUCACUGUCGCGGGUGGCCGGAAGCUGUUGGAUGAAGUAAACUGCGUGGUCCAGGCAGGAGAUAUGGUGGCUUUGAUGGGCCCUUCUGGGGCUGGCAAAACCACACUACUGAACAGCAUCGUGGGGAGAACCAUCACAGGAUUCACUGAAGGGGGUAUCUACUACGAUGGUGCCGCGUUAUCCAAAGUCAGGAGCAGCGUGGGAUACGUCACCCAGGACGAUAUCAUGUACGAGACCCUGACACCGCGGGAGAACUUGACCUUUGCGGCCGCCUUCAUGUUGCCAAAGCUCUCCAAAGAAAGCCGCCAGAAGGAGGUCUUGCUCUUGGAGACGGGGCGUGCCACUUGGCUUGAGUUUCAACUCAUGUUCGAGAUUAGUGCGAAUGUGGCGUACUAUGGGGUCAUCUCUGGCUUGCGGGGAUCUCUUGGCGGCCUGGGCUUCACAUGUCCUGAAGGCACGCCGCUUCCUGAGAUCCUUCUGGAUCUGCUUGAAGUGCCAGCGGAGGAAGCCGCGCGCGGGGCAUACACGGAGAAGUUGCAAAAGCUGAAACAACUCUCGGAGACCUCCUUCACGGAGCGUGGGUCACCCGCGAAGUCAGAAGCGCCUCCCAAGAGAGCUGGACUCUGCGGGCAGGUGGUCGUACUUUUCAAGCGGGAGCUGGUCAACGUGAAGCGGAACAAAGCCCUGACAGUCGUUCGCGCCGUCCAAUCGGUUGCAUCCGCACUUUUAAUCGGCUUGAUCUUCCUGCAGCUCGAGCGCAACAUGUCAAGCCUCUCCCCGCGCUUGUUCUCCAGCUUCCUCCUCGUCUUUGCCCAAUUUCUGUUUGCUCUGCUGGGGGUCGUCAACGCCUUCCCUGCGGAGCGGGCAGUGUUCUUGCGCGAGACGCAGGACAAGCUCUACCACCCAGCGGCGUUCUACUUGGCCAAGGUUUCCAUCGACACUGUGAUGCAAUGCCUCUUCCCCAUCCUCGUGGUAGCCAUCAGCUACCCACUAAUUGGCUUCAACGGGGAAUCAGCUGAUCGCGUUCUUUGGUUCUAUGCCAUCAUGGCGGUGGUUUCCAAUUGUGGGGCCGGCGUGGGGUUCAUGGUCUCCGCCGCCGUGCCCAGUGUGAACCUGGCCCUCUCCAUUGCACCCGGCUUGAUAAUGCCGCAGCUCUUGCUGUCGGGAAUCUUCAUCAAGGUGGAGGAUUUGCCGCAGCCUUUCAAUGCCCUGAGCUAUCUCAUGGUCGCUCGGUACGCCGUCCAAGCUACCGUCGUCAAUGAGUUUACCUGUGCUCCCAAAUCCUCGUGCGAUCCCGCAGUGUGGCGCCAAAACCCAGCAGACCAGUGCGGCAACUCGCCCUGUGAUUUCUGCUGCACCUCACACGAAAUGAUGGCAGCUGGCGGCAUUUGCCCGGUCUUGUCCUGUGACGAUGCCCUGGUGAGUCUUGGAAUGGAUGAGAUUUGGCCGAGAAGCGACACCUCAACCGAGGAGACCAUCUUCUUCAACAUCAUCGCCUUGCUGAUUUUGAUGUGCUUCUUCCGGCUGCAGGGCCUGAACAUCUUGAUGUGCAGCUACCGCCGUGCAACCACCGGCCGCUGCCUGCCAUGCCGCACCACCGCAGCAGUGGGACCAGGGCCGGAGAGACCCCCGUCCGCUGCUCCGACUCCCAAGUCGGAGACCGUGCCGGUUUGA